CGCCCGCCCCUUCCCGGGCGGCUCCGCGCGGCCAUGGCGGGCGCAGACGGCCAGGUGGACGCUAGGGAAGAGAAGAAAGUAGACUGCGGGAAAAAGAAGAUGAAGGAAGGCGCUGGCGAUGGAGGGCGGUCGGAGCUGAAUCCCUGGCCUGCAUUUAUCAAUGAGCGUUUAGAGAUGUACAAUAAACUCAAGGCUGAACAUGAUGCACUCCUUGCAGAAAGAGCUGCAAAUGACAGUAAACCCAUUAAAGUUACGUUACCUGAUGGCAAGCAGGUUGAUGCUGAAUCUUGGAAGACUACUCCUUAUCAAAUCGCUUGUGGAAUUAGUCAGGGAUUAGCUGACAACACGGUUAUUGCCAAAGUGAACAAGGUGGUUUGGGAUCUAGACCGUCCUUUGGAGGAGGAUUGUUCCUUGGAGCUGCUUAAGUUUGAAGAUGAAGAGGCUCAAGCAGUGUACUGGCACUCAAGUGCGCACAUAAUGGGUGAAGCUAUGGAACGAAUCUAUGGUGGCUGUUUGUGCUAUGGCCCACCGAUAGAAAAUGGAUUUUAUUAUGACAUGUUUCUUGAGGAAGGGGGUGUAUCAAGUAAUGACUUCUCUGCUUUGGAAACAUUAUGCAAAAAGAUAAUGAAGGAAAAACAAGCCUUUGAAAGACUGGAAGUUAAGAAGGAAACACUGCUUGAAAUGUUUAAGUAUAAUAAAUUCAAGUGUCGCAUCCUGAAUGAGAAGGUCACUACCCCAACUACUACAGUAUACAGAUGUGGUCCCCUGAUAGAUUUAUGCAGAGGCCCUCAUGUCAGACAUACUGGCAAGAUAAAGACCAUAAAAAUUCAUAAGAAUUCUUCUACCUAUUGGGAAGGCAAGGCCGAUAUGGAAUCCCUCCAGAGGAUCUACGGAAUUUCAUUCCCAGAUACAAAAAUGCUGAAGGAGUGGGAGAAAUUCCAGGAGGAGGCUAAAAGCAGAGAUCACAGAAAAAUUGGACGGGACCAAGAACUGUUUUUCUUCCACGAGCUCAGCCCCGGUAGCUGUUUUUUCUUGCCAAAAGGAGCUUACAUUUAUAACACAUUAAUUGAAUUUAUACGGAGUGAGUAUCGAAAACGUGGAUUUCAGGAGGUUGUCACUCCAAAUGUUUUCAACAGCAAACUGUGGAUGACUUCAGGGCACUGGCAGCAUUACAGUGACAAUAUGUUUUCCUUUGAAGUGGAGAAAGAAAUCUUUGCUCUGAAGCCUAUGAACUGUCCAGGACACUGCCUUAUGUUUGACCAUCGGCCGCGGUCGUGGCGUGAGCUGCCAUUGCGGUUGGCAGAUUUUGGUGUCCUGCAUCGCAACGAGCUGUCAGGAGCUCUCACGGGACUCACCCGAGUGCGCCGUUUCCAGCAGGACGAUGCUCACAUCUUCUGUGCUAUGGAGCAGAUUGAAGAGGAGAUAAAAAGCUGUCUGGAAUUCUUGCGUACUGUGUAUGAUGUCUUUGGAUUUUCAUUUAAAUUGAAUCUCUCCACUCGUCCUGAAAAGUACCUGGGAGAUAUUGAAGUGUGGAAUCAAGCUGAAAAGCAACUUGAAAGCAGCCUCAAUGCCUUUGGUGAGAAGUGGGAGUUAAACCCCGGUGAUGGAGCUUUCUAUGGACCUAAGAUCGACAUUCAGAUUAAGGAUGCCAUUGGCCGCUACCACCAAUGUGCUACAAUUCAGCUUGACUUCCAGUUGCCAGUCAGAUUUAACCUCACCUUUGUCAGCCAUGAUGGCAAUGACAAGACGAGACCAGUUAUCAUUCACCGGGCGAUCUUGGGAUCUGUGGAGAGAAUGAUUGCCAUUCUAACUGAGAACUAUGGAGGCAAAUGGCCACUCUGGCUGUCCCCACAGCAAGUAAUGGUGGUACCAGUGGGACCAGCGUGUGAUGAGUAUGCUCAAAAGGUCAGGCAGCACUUCCAUGAUGCUGGAUUUAUGGCAGAUGUUGAUGUAGAUCCUGGCUGCACACUGAACAAGAAGAUCAGAAACGCUCAGCUUGCGCAGUAUAACUUUAUUCUGGUUGUUGGUGAAAAGGAGAAGGCAAGUGGAACAGUGAACAUCCGCACCCGAGACAACAAGGUGCAUGGGGAAAGAACCAUUGCAGACACCGUGGAGAGGCUGCUGCAGCUGAAAUGCUCUCGUUCCAGACAAGCUGAAGAAGAAUUUUAACACCAUCUGCUCUACCUGGCGUAUAAAGAAUUUGUAGUUUUCCUAAUUUAGUUAACCAGAGUUUUUGUUCUGAGCCAGAUUUAAA